CUCUCCGAGUCCCCCACAGACUUCUUCCGCGACUGGAACCUUCAGAAGGCUCGGAAGGAGACGUGCGGGGACCUCCUGGCCUGGUGCAGAGCCGACUGCUUCAAGGGGAGAGAAGAAAAACGAGGGAACGAAGAAAAAACUGGAGAGAUUUAUCAAUUGACGCUACUUCUAGUGAGGGGGAAGAUGUACGAGCAGUGUGAGCAGAUUAUUGCUAGGAGAUGCGGGAAUGCAGGGUCAGGUGAGCAGUCGAAGAAGAAGAAGACGUCAUCCAUUCAGGACCUCCCCAGCUGGCUGCAGACUCGGCCUGACUCUGUGUUCCAGGAGACUCCCAGAUUGGUUCAGGUGAUGGAGGCAGGCUGGGAUCCGGGAGCCAACACACUGUCUGGAGCUCCCCCUGCCCUUCAACCAAACAAAUUCACAUCUGAACCACCCUCUGAAUCUACCACACCAACACUCCCAGCCAAAGAAACAAAGACCAAAGCAAAGAGAGAGGUGAAAACGACUAGACUUGAACAGAAAGAAGGAGGUGUGUCUGCCAGUGUUGAGAGA